GUCCAGUCAGACACGACAAUUUUUAGACGUAAGUGCGUAAGCACAAAGAAUUGAUUUCGUCAGAAUAUAAUAGAUAUUUCUUUAAUUUUUCGAUCUUAGUUAAUUAGAAUGUAUCAAUUUUGAAAAAAACAUCUUUUUCGGUUUUGUGGGCAAGUGUAGAUAAGUAGUUGGCAAGUUAACUUAUGUGUCACUUACCAAAGACAGCAACAAGAGAAGCAAAUUGGUUAACUUGGACUACUUGAAGCUGAAUAGUGUGCUCUCAAAAUGGUAAAAAUCUAUGCUUUGGGUGUCCUUUACAAAGGCAUUAAUAGUGCUACUCUACUGAAAGCAGCAUACAAUCUACAGAGCUUCAGUAUAUUCCAACGUGGUUCAGUACAAGAGUUCAUGGUGUUUGUUAGCAAAACAAUAGUGGAAAGAACUCAGCAAGCCUCACGACAGUCAGUAAAAGAAGGAGAGUAUAUGUUGCAAGUGUAUGUGAGGGCAGACAACUUGGCGGGAGUACUGAUAUCUGACCAUGAGUACCCAAACAGGGUGGCCCACACAUUGAUUACCAAAAUACUGGACGAAUUCACAGCUGCGGUCCCAGCUACCCAGUGGCCCACAGGCACUGAGGACAGGAUAGACUUCCACAUCCUACCUGAAUACUUAACUAAAUACCAGAACCCCAGAGAAGCUGAUGCUUUGACGAAAAUACAAAAUGAUUUGGAUGAAACCAAGAUCAUUCUACAUGACACUAUAAAGGCAGUGUUGGAACGAGGUGAGAAACUAGACGAUGUUGUUGCUAAGACUGAGAGUCUAUCAAUGCAGAGUAAAUUGUUUUACAAGACUGCCCGAAAGACUAACAGCUGCUGUAAUUUCUAAGGCAUUCUGAUGUUAUACCUGACUUGGCCAUAGUUCAAUUAAUUAAUAUGUUUUUGCUUUUUAGUGGAGUUCGAAGGCUUGAUUAAAUAAUAUUGUGGCCAUUACUAUACCCACUGUAAGGAAAUAUUAGAUAAAGUUUUAGAUUUAUACUUGAAUGACAUUCUUUGUUUGUCAAAUUGUAUUCAAUUAUGUAGGUAUUGCUUAUUAUGUUUUUGGGGUUACUCUGUUUUAUUGUAUAAAAUAAUGUUGUUUGUUUUGAAAACUUAAGAGUAUUUAGAUUGGAUUGUUGCUAUGAUGCCAAACCAGUAUGAUCAUCACAAUGUAAUUGAUAUAAUACUGCCAUAAGCAUCUAUAAUUGCUUUCACUGUGGCCUAAGUGUUGAAAUUACAAUAAUUAAAGAACAUCAGCAGUGGCGUGGCUGCACACAUCCAAAUAUGUUAAUUGAACUAUAAUAAUCAUGUAACUUCUGUAUUGUGUAAUGUAACAGAACAAAUAGUAAGUAUUACUAUUACAUAUUCCAAACAGUUUGUACUCUGUGCUUGUGUAGAAGAAGAGGUUUUAUUGUUGUGUUAGUCAUGUAUUGACUCUAUUGACAGUAUUAUUUACAAACAAAUGUAAUUUAGUAUUGUGGAAUGGUAUUAGUGAAUGAUUCAAACGAAGGCUUGUAAGUGUAUAUUGUUAAAUAUAUUGUUUUAGGCUCAAAAGUAAAAUUAAUAUUGUAAUGUAUACUGUAAUAGAGUCGCUACAUCAAGUAGUAUCUUUACUGGUUGUAAUGGAUGUGUGUAAGCAAUAUUACUAUAAAUAAAUAUUAAUAUGAAUGUUGAUAUGUCCUGUAGUAGUUAUUGUUAAAAAGCUAGAAUAGUCUACUGAGUGUCAUGAGUUAUGAAAUGGAAAAAGAGGAAUUUGUAUGUAUUAAAAGUAUUCUAUAAAUGUGUCUAAAUAUGAUAGAAGUUAUAAAAUAAAAUACUUAUUUACUCAGCGCACAGUUUAUCAGAAUGUAACUAUUUUUAUAGUGGUUAUGAUUUAAUAAUUUAAUUUUCGAUAGCCUUGGUCCCCACCUAAUUGACAUGCUAAUUCUGAAAUAUUAAAAUGUUGUAUACUGGAGUAAGUUUCAUGGUGUUUCUUAUUACCUUAUGUGGUACUGCUGUUAGUAUUAUUUCAGUGGUGUAUAACUGUUUAUCUAUAUUAGAGACACGAAACUGCUGUUUGGUUCCUAACAACUUAAAAGCUCAUGGAGUAAUUACUGUUUAGUCCCUAUUUUGCCUAUUUUAUCUCUGGGCCAAAUAGUAAAAGUACUUUUGACGUUCUUUGUGUGUACGGUAAUGAUUGUGGCUUAUAAUAUGGCUGCAACAAAAUUACUGACUAAAAGUGACUUGUUUUCUUAUAGGAACAUCAAAUAUUUAGGUACAAUGAAAUAGGUAGGAUGAGUGGUAGUUUAUUGUUAUCUCUACCUAUACCUCCAAGUAAAAUUGAAUCUAAUUAAAUAUUAUUUCCAAAACGAUGCAAAAACUAGCAUCAUGUUUAUUACAAACAGGUUUUCAUUGAAAUAGCUAGAUUUUGUUUAUAAAUGCGACGUGGGAAGAGUUGCGACGCAAUAAUAAUAAGACGCGUGACGUCGGCGUCGAUUUUAUUUAUGUAAGAAACACGUGUUGAUCGCAUGAAAUUAAAUUGGUUGAUUAUAGUUUUUAUUACUUUAAAGUCCUUUACUUUCUGCAUUAUUUACCGUAUAUUUUUUUUAUAAUUCUAGUCAAUUUUUGAUGGUUUUUUAGUCACAAACAUACCUGGUAAAUGCUAUUAAAUGAUGCCUGCCAGGACAUCUUAUCUUUAUCGCUAUUGGUUAAAUAAAAAAUAAACAGUUCGUAUUAUAUGACGUAAUUACUCCAUGAGCUCCCAUAAUGUAGCUUGCGUUAAUUGGCAUUGUUACUUCAGUUAUACCAUACUCGGUAAUUGAGUGGACCUACUAUUUGUUUUCACGUGGUUUUUAUUACACUUCACUGCGUGAAUGACAAUCAAUUUAUUGCAGACUCUAGAGGUGACGGGGGCACUGACUGGGGUCACUUUAUCUGACCUAGAUCCUUUGCAUAUUGACCUGAUUUACUUCGUUACUGCAUUUGAUUGACCUCGGUGUAUAAAAGAUAAUUGUUUCAGCAAUACAUUCCUACUUAUUGGUAGAAUAGAUCUGGAAAUUGGAACAAUGUCGGGCCCUUGUAUGUGCUAUGAUGGUUUUAAGAGUUGUAAAUACAAUUUUCGAGAAAAAGAAACUUGAUAUGAAAUGAUAUCUCAAUGACGAAUCUUGAUAGCGGUCGGUACAUAUUUGUUAGUGUAUCCUCAAUGUGUAUGUCUACGUCAACGAAGGUUUCAGUAAUUAUUUGAUUAAGACGACGACUUUAUGUCGUAGUAGUAAGAGUGAUAAUCGUAGUAAGUGUUGCUGAUAAAUUUUGUUGAUGUACAUAUGUAUUUCUGUCAAUAUUCCCAUUGAUAAACUUUGCAGAAUGUUUCUAUUCCAAUUCAAUUACCUACACUACAAACUCUGAAGACAUUAUGUACUUAGAAUUAAAUUAAAUUUCAAUAUGUACUGACCGUGCGUACCUAAGAUUAUCAAACUUAAAGAUAUCGUUCGUGAAUUUGGAUGUUAAGUAUUUGAAAAGUUUAAAUGUAUGUGUAAUAUCAACUUUGUGUAACAUGUUAAUGAAAGUAACGACGGACGUUAUUUAUUGUAUACUUGCUUCAUGACGUGUGUUUACAAAUAAAUCGAUAUUUACAACGGA